AUGCCUGGCGGAGUCGGAGCGCCUUUUGCCAGUUCCAGACUUCAAGCAUCAAAGGAAGAAUCACGCGUUGAAAAGUUAAAAUGGUUCGAAAUGGUACAAGCCAUGAAGGAGGGCAAGAUGCCCACGAAUGCUCAAAUCAACGAGUUCAUCAGUCGCAUGAUUCAAAGCCCGACCAUCGAAGCUCGAAAGAAUAAUAUGAGUGCUGAAGGACAACAGUUGCUUGCCGAUUUCCGUGCACUUUUGCAGACCAUGCAGAAUGCUUUGGCGACAAAGAACAAAGACGAGUUGUUCCAAAGUCUUGUCUACCACUUGAGAAACAUCCAACCAGCAUCGGUGAAUAAAGAGCAAUUGAAAAGCCUGUCAACUGGUACAGACACACAAGAGGUGAAACAAGAAGCCAAGUCUGGCGGUCAAGCUAUAAUGAAAAUUGCCCGAUUGGUUGCCACCAAUAGCAGUUUCCGUAACGUGGUCAAUGAGCUUAUUUCCAUCGCUCAGGAAAUCUUUGGUGAAGCUACCACCAAGGCCAGCGGUAGCCUGAAAGCCGCCGGUGAACAACUCAGUGCGAAAACCGAACAAUACGGUGACCAAAUGCAAGAACUGACACAACCCGAAAAGCAAGAAGAGGUGACGGAAAAAAUGAAAGCCUCGGCUCAAGACACACAGGGAACGAAGGAACAAACCACGGAAGCAGCUCAACGCAAACGCCAGGAGCUUCAGCAGCAGCUUCAGCAAAAGGCUUCUGAACAAGCUGCCGCGGCCAAGGACUAUGCUCGCCAAAAGUUCCCGCCAGAGAAGGUCAAUGAUCUGAUCGAACGUCUCAAGGCUGCCUUGGGUGAAGUUCAGCAACAUCCCGAUUACCAAAGCGCCAUCGACUCCGUUAUCGGUUUGUUCAAUUCCUGGUCCAAUCGUGCUGGUGCUAUUACUCAGCGCACGGCUGGCAUGGCGACCGAGGCCGCUCAGCAAACCCGAGGAAAUGAAGCGUGGAGCCAGGCUGAGUUGGAAUUGAAGACCAUUCUUGAAGACUGGGCUCAAGGACUUUCACUGGAUCCCUUGAUUCAGACUUUGAAGAACGUCUUGGACAACGUGAGAAAUGAUCAAAACUUGCGUACCUACAAGGACGAUGUUGCUCGUUAUCUGCAGCGACUCUUGAAGGAACCCAACUAUGUCACUGAUCCUGCUUCCACGGAUGAUGGCAAGGCCUUGAUUGAAAGAGGACGUGAAGUGACUGAAGGCCGUUAUCGUGGCGAUUUCGAUGCUUUAACCACUGAAGGUCGACGCUUCACGCAAUCUAUCGCUGAAGAUCCCAUGGCCAAAGAACUCAACGAACGCUUCACUCGUAUUCACCAGGACUUGUGGUUCGAUAAAGAUGGACAUCCUGCUUUCAAGCCUCAAUUGCUGAACGAUAUGCGUAUGACUUUAUUGCCUGCGAUCCUUGAGCAGAUCAAGUUUGUUCCUAUUCCUCGCAUUGAAUACAGUGAUCCCCAGUUUGAUGUUGUUAUCGAGAAUGUGAUCUUGGCUGGUGAUACUUUAUUACCCAACAUUCUUGAAAUGAAGAUGGAGAACUUUACUCGAUUCAGCCCCAAGACUGAAGUUACAAAUGUCGACAACCAGACGAUUUUCGUCAAGAUGCACGAAAUCCACUCGACCGUUGAAGAUGUUGUCUUUUAUUUCAAGCGAAAGACUGGCUUUCCCAAGGUUUCUGACCGUGGUGUGGCUUCUCUUUACACGGGUGGCAAAGGCGUCAGUCUUGCUCUGCAACUGACGAGCAAUUCUUUGGAUCCCCAACACACCAUCAAAGUCAAACAUUGCAAGUGCCAUAUUGACAAUUUGAAGGUUCGAAUCCAUGACAGCAAGCACAACUUGUUGUACAAGGCUGCAACACCAAUGGUGAUGGGUAUUGUGCGCCGUCAAAUGGCUAAAGCUAUUGAGGCCAAGAUUGUGGAGUCUAUCAAUCAAGGCGAUCAAAAGAUCACUGCUCGUUUGUAUCGCGAAAAGGAAUUGGGCAACGUUCAGAGUCGCCGCGCACGCCCUGGUUUGUUCUCCACUGGCAUUGCGAUGAUGAAUGCUCAGUUGAGAAAACGAGCUCAAACUUCACGUGAAAAGAAGCGAACCUCCCGUGUCACUGCUUAA